AUGGCCCCCCGCGAGAUAUACAAUGUUGUCAAACUUGUGCCUAAGCCAGGCAAAUUCAACCAGGUCGUGGAAGCCUUCAAGGCAUUCUCCCAACACAUUGAGCACAACGAACCAGACACUCAGAUCUAUUUUGCGCUUCAGUCAAACGACAGUGAUGAGUUGAUUUUCGUCGAAAAAUACAAAGAUGGCGAUAGCCUCAAGGCACACGCAGCAUCGCCCGAGUUUAAGCAAUUCGCCAAGGCAAUUGGGUCUUGUCUGGCCCAGCCUCCAGAUCUGAAAGGUGCUUCGUUUGUUGCUGGGUUUGAGGGUAGAUCGAAGCUUUAG